AUGUUUGGUGUUGGGAUAAGAAGGGGCGUUAGUCCUGUGAUGUCUCAGAUUGUGGCACGUCAGUUUUCCAGUUUGGUGAAGCCAAUCUCCACUUUCAGACCUCAAACAUUGAUACAACAACCAGAAGGUCCAUGGUCUUCAUUGUUGGGACUCAUUCAAAGAAGAUUCAAGUCUAGAGGGAACACGUACCAGCCAUCUACAUUAAAGAGAAAGAGAACGUUCGGGUUCUUGGCCCGGUUAAGAACCAAGAAUGGGAAGAAGAUCCUCCAGAAGAGAAGACAAAAGGGUAGAUGGUAUUUGAGUCAUUAG